AGUGUCAAUAUGACCGAAUUUCCGAAAAACUUCAUCUGGGCCAUAGCAACUGCGAGCUAUCAAGUCGAAGGAGCCAACGACGAAGACGGUCGAGGAUUGUCUAUAUGGGAUGUGAUUCGUCGUCAACCAGGACGGAUCGCAGAUGAUUCACCCCCUGAGCUCAGCUGUGAACAUUAUCAUCAUUACAAGGAAGACGUGCAAUUGAUCAAAGAUCUUCAGGUAACUCACUAUAGACUGUCAAUAUGUUGGUCGCGAAUCCUUCCAAAAGGGGACCUCUCUGUCGUGAACGAAAAAGGAAUCACUUUUUACCGCAGCUUAUUAGAAGAACUCACAAAAAAUGGCAUCUCUCCAAUAGUCACUCUGUUUCAUGCCGACUAUCCGUACUGUCUUUAUGAGAGAGGUGGUUGGCUAAACGAUGAAUGUCUUCUUUGGUUUCAUGACUUCUGUCGUCUUUGUUUUCAGCGCUUUGGAGAUUUGGUCAAACACUGGAUUACAUUCAACGAACUUUCCGCGCAUGCUUGGUGGGGAAUAACAAAAAUCGAAGGACAACUUCAUCACUCACCCGAUACCGUCGAGUUUUCUAUGCCAACAAGGAAAAUCCCUUACGCUGCAACCCAUAAUAUGCUUCUUGCACAUGCCAAGGUCUACAGAAUGUAUGCUCAAGAGUUCAAGGAAACUCAGCAAGGUCAGUUGGGAAUCACUGUUGGUGGUCGAUGGUGUAAGACAUUCUCCACUGAUAUUGACGACAUUGAGGCGGUUUCGAGGGCUCUCGAUUGGAAAUUCAACUGGACAGUGAAUCCGAUUUUUGGAAACAAUGGCGACUAUCCAGACUCCAUGAAAUCUUACAUUAAAACUUUGGAGGAGAAAGAAGGACUCGAGCUUUUACCCAGAUUCACGAAGGAGCAAAUGAAUGAGAUCAAAGGAUCAGCUGAUUUUCUUGGUUUGAACUAUUAUUUGACGGAGGAAAUCUGCAAGGGAGAAGGACGCUUUCAAAUGGAAAAAGAUGCAGGUUUUGACUACUUAGAAGGCUCAUGGGAAAAGAUCGCUGGCGAACAAAUGUGGCUUCGUUAUGCACCUGAAGGGUUGCUAGAGCUUCUCGAAUACAUUCAGAGAAAAUACGCGGUUCCGGUUCUGAUCACGGAAAACGGUUGUUCGGACAUUAUAGGAAAAGAAAGUGAAAGCAUCGAACCAUUGAAUGACGACCAUCGCAUUCGUUAUAUUGAAGGACACAUUGAAGCAGUGAAAAACGCUCUAGCUAGAGGGUGCAAUGUGAUUGGAUACACGGUCUGGUCGUUGAUGGACAAUUUCGAGUGGCACGAUGGGUUUGCAGUGAGAUUCGGCUUGUAUCGGGUUGAUUACGACUCUACGGACAAAAAACGAACAAUAAAAAGGAGCGGCCGAUAUUUGAGGGAGUUCCUCGGAAGAGUUAGGAAUGCUGUGGCAUAG